GGCAUUAAAAUUCAUCAGAGAACACACACAGGAGAGAAACCUUAUAGCUGUGAUCAAUGUGGGAAGAGUUUUAGUCAAUCUGGCCAUCUGAUAUCACACCAGAGAACACACACAGGAGAGAAACCUUGUAGCUGUGGUCAAUGUGGGAAGAGUUUUGGUCGAUCUGACUCUCUGACUCAACACCAGAGAACACACACAGGAGAGAAACCUUAUAGGUGUGAUCAAUGUGGGAAGUGUUUUGGUCAAUCUGGCCAUCUGGUAUCACACCAGAGAAUACACACAGGAGAGAAAUCUUAUAUCUGUGGUCAAUGUGGGAAGAGUUUUGCUGCAUCUCGCAGUCUGACUCUACACCAGAGAACACACACAGGAGAGAAAUCUUAUAGCUGUGAUCAAUGUGGGAAGAGUUUUAGUCAAUCUGGCUCUCUGACUCUACACCAGAGAAUACACACAGGAGAGAAAUCUUAUAGCUGUGAUCAAUGUGGGAAGAGUUUUAGUCAAUCUGGCUCUCUGACUCUACACCAGAGAAUACACACAGGAGAGAAACCUUAUAGGUGUGAUCAAUGUGGGAAGAGUUUUGGUCGAUCUGGCUCUCUGACUCUACACCAGAGAAUACACACAGGAGAGAAACCUUAUAGGUGUGAUCAAUGUGGGAAGAGUUUUGGUCAAUCUGGACAUCUGACUCAACACAAGAGAACACACACAGGAGAGAAACCUCACCGCUGCUCUGACUGUGGGAAGAGAUUCACCUCAUCAGCAGGCAUUAAAAUUCACCAGAGAACACACACAGGAGAGAAACCUUUUAGCUGUGAUCAAUGUGGGAAGAGUUUUACUCAGCUAAUCAACCUGAUAACACACCAGAGAACACACACAGGAGAGAAACCUUUUAGCUGUGAUCAAUGUGGGAAGAGUUUUACUCAUUCAACCAGCCUGAAAUUACACCAGAGACCACACACAGGAGAGAAACCUUUUAGCUGUGAUCAAUGUGGGAAGAGUUUUACUCAUCGAAGCAGCCUGAUAUCACACCAGAGAAUACACACAGGAGAGAAACCGUAUAUCUGUGAUGAGUGU